AUGGCAAGGAAACUGCCUUGGAAAAGGAAAUCCGAGUCUUCACCAAGCAGUGCCACCAGAAACUCGGCAGUUCAAAGCCCCAGGUUGCCUGUUGCACGCCAAGAUGAAAACCGGGACAUUUUGCGAACGCCCGUCUCACGCAGACACGUUCGGCGCGUUCUGGAUUCAGACCCUAUCCGAAGUCCAUCUACUUCGCCUCCGCCAGAGCGGCCCCAAGAAGAGUUCAUGAUUCCAGGGCCGCUAAACGACGACAAAUUCAGAAUGGUCGACGAUGAGUUUCUGCACAUCGCCCAGCGCUUCACCGCGCACCUUCAUCGCGCAGAGUACGAUCGUCUCAAAGCCCUGGCCAAGGCCCAAAACGCGGCUACCAUCCGCGAGAUUGAGCGCCCCAUUGUGCCAGAUACGGCGCCGACAGCCAGAGCACGGCAGAGGAGUGAAUCAGCUCAGCGAGCUAUGAAGCAGCGUAAGGCGCUGGAAGCUGAGGGCGACGAUGAUGCUGGCGAUCGUGAUGGUCGCGAAACGAGAAGAGAGGAACAGAGGUCGCUGUGGGCGGCGCCGGGUCUGCGAGGCUUGAUGGAGGCGCCGAAACGAGAGGGAAGGACGAUUAUGCCUGCAGCGAGUGCUUCAUCAUCUUCUUCAUCUAGGACAAGAGCGGCCGCUGGAUUCUCGAGCAAGUCGUCGCUACAGCAAGAUCGUCAAAGCCGUGCGCCAUCACCGCCACUGCCACCAUUGGUGUCUUCAUCCAAAAAGAUCAAGCUGGAAUCACCUGCUAAUUCAAGAUCAACUACUACGUCGAGCAGAACCACCACCCAACAUCCUCGUACCUCCACCUCAAAUCCCCAAGCUACAUCUUCACUCGCCACAGAAGUUCCUAGGGGAAUUUCUCGCACAGAUCGAUCCCAGGUCAAAGGCAGCAAUCAACGGCCUAGCGUCCACGGUCUGGAUGACGAUUUGGACGAUGAUCCUUUUGGCUUGCACGAGCGUAUGAUGAGCAGGAAGAAAUCCCGAGAGCAGUUCAAACGACCAGGCGUCAAGAGCGAGGUCAAAGAUGAAUCGAACACGGUCGAUUUGAGCUCCAUUCCUUCAUUCUUAUAG